AUGAGGGGUGAUAGCAAUUCGCUCGUUGGCGACGUCUUUCUUACUUCAAUAAUUUAUUCGGCUAACAAUACCGCGGCCCUCACUCUCGAAAUGACGAUGCGUGAAGGAAUGAGCGCAAACCAAGCGUUCGCUUUUGUGAAAAUAUACGGCGUGGCGUCGCAGAGUUGCUUUUACCAGCUGCGUACCGAGCAUUUAAAUUUUGCCAGCGAUCAGUUUGCAAGGUUGCUCAACGCACUUGGUCCGAAAGCGAUCGACUUCAUACAAAAGAGCGAUGGCCAAGGAUGUCUUCCUCUGCACUAUGCGGCUCAAUAUGGCUUAGACUCGGUUUGCGAGGCUAUAGUAUCUCGUUUGAUCACUAUGGGCGGAAGUUGUGUCCACGAUACGCUGAUGUCAGUCGACCUUUGUGGGCAAACACCGCUCCACUGCGCAGUGGCCUCAGGGAAGCUGUCAGUGCUUGGAAAUUUGCUUAGAGCAUUAUCGGGGAUCGGUGCCCACGAACAGGCAAUGUCUAAUGCUCGAGUUGUUCUUGGAAGCGUCCUGGUUUUGGCAAUAAGGGCACACGCCGAGGAAAUGGCAAAGAUGUUGCUGGAGCAUAAACCGGAUCUCCUCUACCAGUCUUGUCGUGGUGAGACGGCUCUCUACUGUGCUUCACAGGCAGGAUACAUGUCCAUGGCUCACCUUCUUGUACGACAAUCAUCCAGGGGCGAACAAGGGAUUGACGUCGCUGAGAAGACAAGAGGCUGGACACCACUAAUAGCAGCAUGUGCUAAUGGACAUGCCGAAAUUGUCAGGCUUCUAUUGCAGGCUGGUGCUGAACAAGACACACACGAUAUUCGAGGAUGGACAGCUCUGGAACACGCCAUAUUUCGGGGACACCAUGCCAUUGCGGAGCUGUUUAAAACCAAGCCGCCAAAUCAUCCUCACGACGGACCUGCUGGUGCUAUCGGAGAUGUUAGGAAGGAAGCUCAUCUUGUUUGUAAUAUAGGUGAGAAGAUGCUUAUUAUUCAUCUUGGGAGUACCCAAGGAGGACACUGUCGAGGAUUGCUUCAUUUGGAGAACCUCAGCUCAGAUAACGGCUUUCACUCUCGCCAAGAAUCUCCCAUGGAGCUUCACAUCUCCGUACUAGGGACCGACUCCGUUUCAAGGAAACUCCAGUUGCCAAUUCUAGAUGACCAAUUGCAUAAGCCGCUGGUUUUUAGAGUCAGUCAUGACACUCCGCUGCAGAUAAUGCUCAAACUUUAUCGCUGCGAAUCCAUCAACUCCAAGGUUUUAGUAAGCAGCGGUACAUCAAGUCUGGAUCAAGAAAGCCUGCUGGGAGGGAAACAUGAGAGCCUCAUCCGUGAGCGCACAAUUUAUAUGUUAGACAAGGAGACUUCAGCUCCUGCCGGUACUGUCCUGCUAAGCUAUGUUGUCGCCAAACCAUUCCCAGGCUUGCCAAAACUCGGUACCAGCAAUCAACUCGGACCUGAAAACGCUUCCGUUCAACUUGUUGGGCAUAGAGGAUGCGGACAGAACGUAUCAAGUCGGUCGUUUCUCCAAAUUGGAGAAAAUACGAUCAUGUCGUUUCUCUCUGCUGCAAAUCUGGGAGCGUCAUUUGUUGAGGUAACCAGAGAUAUGGAGGCUGUCGUAUACCACGAUUUCUCUCUUAGUGAGUCCGGCACAGACGUACCCAUUCAUGACCUCACCCUCGCGCAGUAUCAACAUGUUAGCAAUACCCAUGAACCGCAAAGCUCAGCUUUGUGCAACUCGGUAGAGAGCUCGGAGUCUUUGACGUAUACCAGGAAGAAGCCACGUGCCUGGUCUUCCGGGGAAGAAUCCCUGUCUAAAUCGACAGAGCUGCGAAAGAGACUUGAAUAUACUGUGGACUUUCAGGCCAAGGGAUUCAAGCCGAACAGCCGUGGUGACGUUGUUCAAGAUUCCCUAACAACGCUAGAAGAGGUCCUGUUGAAGCUUCCUCUUGAGGUCGGUUUCAAUAUAGAAAUAAAAUACCCUCGCUUACAUGAAGCGGCCGAAGCUGGAGUCGCUCCAGUAGCCAUUAACAUUAAUGACUUCAUCGACGUGGCUCUCACCGCCGUUCGAAAAUUUGGCGGAAAACGGCAGAUCAUUCUUUCAUCAUUUACCCCCGAAGUGUGCAUUCUUCUCUCUGUCAAGCAGUCAGCGCACCCGGUCAUGUUCAUCACGAACGCAGGUAAAGUGCCCAUGCAAGAUCAGGAGCUGAGGGCUGCAAGCCUACAAGCAGCCGUGCAUUUCGCCCGCUUGUGGAAUCUAAGCGGGAUUGUUUUUGCCUGCGAAACCUUCCUACACUGCCCGAGACUUGUUCAGUUCGUGAAGAAUAUGGGCCUAAAAUGUGCUUCCUACGGGUUGUUGAACAAUGAUCCUGCAAAUGCAAUAGCACAGACGGUAGCCGGUAUCGACAUCUUGAUGGCAGACAGAGUCAAACUCAUCGCAGACCACCUUAGAAAACACAUCGUCUUAAAUAACUCUUCACCACGGCCUUGA